AUGCUCACACUUCUACACUGUGGUCGUAACGUACUGACAUUCAGGACCAUUCAGACAAUAAACAAAAGUUACUACAGCUCUCAGAUGGCUAAGCGCGUGGCUGUGGUUUUGGCGGGCUGCGGAGUUUAUGACGGUAGUGAGAUCCACGAGGCCUCCGCUGUCCUGGUCCACCUAAGCAGGGGGGGUGCGACUGUAAACAUGUUUGCUCCCAACAUGGAGCAGAUGCACGUUGUGAAUCACCUGAAAGGCGAACCGUCAGAGGAGAAGAGAAACGUGUUGGUGGAGAGCGCGAGGCUGGCCCGUGGAAACAUCCAAGACCUGUCCAAGCUCAGCGUCAAAGACCAUGAUGCUAUAAUAUUCCCAGGUGGUUUUGGGGCAGCAAAGAACCUCUGUACGUGGGCGGUGAAGGGGAAGGACUGCUCCGUUAACGACGAGGUGAAGGCCGUGCUGCAGGCGUUCCACGGCGAGGGAAAACCCAUCGGCCUCUGCUGCAUCUCACCUGUCAUCGCUGCCAAGGUGUUUCCUGGCUGUGAGGUCACUGUCGGGAUUGAGAAGGAUGACAAGUAUCCCAACACCACAGACACCGCAGCGGCCAUCACCGAGCUGGGCUGCAAACACGUGAAUAAGAGCGUCAGCGAGAGCCACGUGGACGAGAAGAACAAGCUGGUCACCACCUCUGCGUUCAUGUGCGAAGCUCCAAUACACGAGAUAUAUGAUGGAAUUGGCACGAUGGUGCAGGACGUGUUGAAACUUGCUUGAAAUGGCUAAUGCUCAAAAAUGGAGGCUGUCGUUUUAGAGAGCUUAACAGUAGCUGCCUACUGAACUAACUGAUAUAAUAAUGAUACAGUAACUCCAGGAUUAAAAGCACCUCCAGAUAUACUACUUAAAUAUACACAUUUGUAGCAGUAAUGUGCACUAUAUGUUCUGAUUAAUUGAAAAAAUAAUCUCCGUUUGAAGCAGUGAUUCAGUAUUGUGAUGUCAAUGCAAAUCACAUUUUCAACAGCAACUAAGUUAUUGUAAAGAAAAUGCAAUAAAAUGAAAAAAAAACA